AUGGCUUCCCCCACAUGCUCCCCCGAUACACUGGCCGCCAUGUUUGGCGCCAACACCACCAACGCCACUGCUGCCGCCGCUUUUAUCUGCGAUCACUUCAACACCGUCUCCACCAAGUUCACCGACACCACCUACGCCGUCGACACCACCUACCUUCUUUUCUCUGCCUACCUCGUCUUUUCCAUGCAACUCGGUUUCGCAAUGCUCUGUGCCGGCUCCGUCCGUGCCAAGAAUACCAUGAACAUCAUGCUCACCAACGUUCUUGAUGCCGCCGCCGGUGGCCUUUUCUACUAUCUUUUUGGAUUCGCCUUCGCCUUCGGUACCCCAUCCAACGGUUUCAUCGGAAAACACAACUUCGCCCUCCAAUCCAUACCUUCCUCUGUCUUCGACUACAGCUAUUUCUUGUAUCAAUGGGCCUUCGCCAUCGCCGCUGCCGGAAUCACCUCCGGAUCCAUUGCUGAAAGGACCCAAUUCGUUGCUUACCUUAUUUACUCUGCCUUCUUGACCGGAUUCGUUUACCCAGUCGUUUCACAUUGGUUUUGGUCCGUGGAUGGAUGGGCGAGCGCCACGAAUUUGGAUAACUUGUUUCUCGGAUCAGGUGUGAUCGACUUCGCAGGAUCUGGCGUGGUCCAUAUGGUUGGUGGGGUCGCCGGCUUGUACGGUGCGUUGAUCGAAGGCCCCAGAAUAGGCCGGUUUGACCACAGUGGUCGAUCGAUUGCCUUACGAGGCCAUAGCGCAUCGCUGGUGGUGCUCGGCACUUUUCUAUUGUGGUUCGGAUGGUACGGUUUUAAUCCGGGUUCGUUCACCAAAAUCUUGAGCCCGUAUGAAUCAGGUCACUAUUAUGGUCAAUGGAGCGCGGUGGGUAGAACCGCCGUCACCACAACCUUAGCCGGUUGCACGGCGGCGUUAACCACCUUAUUUGGAAAGAGAAUCAUGUCUGGACACUGGAACGUAACGGAUGUAUGCAACGGAUUAUUGGGAGGUUUCGCCGCCAUAACGGCCGGAUGCUCGGUGGUGGAUCCAUGGGCUGCCGUGAUAUGCGGGUUCGUGGCAGCGUGUGUAUUGACAGGGUGCAACAAGCUGGCAGAGAAGUUGAAAUACGACGACCCAUUGGAGGCGGCACAGCUCCACGGUGGUUGCGGUGCAUGGGGAAUCAUUUUCACGGCUUUGUUCGCAAAGGAGAAGUAUGUGAACGAGGUGUACCCGGGAAAAGCGGGUCGACCAUAUGGGUUAUUUAUGGGAGGAGGAGGGAAACUGCUGGCGGCACAUGUGAUCCAGAUUGUUGUAAUAUUUGGGUUCGUGAGUGCGACGAUGGGUCCGCUGUUUCUGAUACUGAAUAAACUAAAGCUGUUGAGGAUAUCGGCGGAAGAUGAAACGGCAGGUAUGGAUAUGACGAGACAUGGGGGGUUUGCGUAUGUUUACCACGACGAUGAUGAUCAGAAGUCUGGGAUACCCAUGAGGAAGAUAGAACCAGCAGCUUCGAAUUAGAGAUUGCUGCUGAUGAUUCAAUUCGUAAGAGAGGUGUUGAUGUGAAAAUGAUGGUUGUAUUAUGUAUUAAUGAUGAUUAAAUGAAAAUUGAAUUUG